AUGUUCAACAGUUCGAAUUUUGUCGGGCCCAAGUCCAUAGAGCCUCGAUUUCAUGAAAGGAAAAUGAAACAGACAUUAACUCCACUUGCGAUGCAAGACGAACUUUUUGCACCUAAUUCGUGUUAUGAGCGAAAGGAAAAGAUUGUAUGGACCAACAGUAUGGCUUCUAGAGGAAAGAUGAUGGGAAAAGCCACUUUUGACACGAUCACGGAUAAUGCCCAUGAUCAUAAGGACAUAUCUGAUAUUGAGCUCUGCACGAACUUCCCCGUUGCUGGGUCGCCUUUAGUAGACCCAAGCCUACAAAACAUACCCAGAAGCUACCAUGACUACAUCCGCUACUUUCAUCAAGAGCUCUCCAAGGAGUGUGUCGUAUACAACAACUCGCCCUUCAACCCUUUUCUCUCUCUUAUGCUUUUAAUGCCAUCCAGUCAGGCUUUAUCCCAUAUAAUGAUCUCCAUCUCAGCCUUCCACAUUGCGCACCGGCUUGACAUUAGUCAGGUCCAGCUACAGCCAGAUCAUAGUGAGGUGCUGCGUAUAGCACUUUUCAACAAACAGAAGGCGUUAAGAUAUCUCAAGCAUGAGCUACAAGUCCAACCUGAGAUUAACACCGAUGCAGUCAUCGCCGCAGUGUUGCUGUUUGUCAAUCUUGAUGUAGUGGAGUUCGGCGGUCGAGGUUGGAAGUAUCACCUACGGGGAGCUGAAGAGCUCAUCAGAAUUCGGAAAAGGCUUGUGAUAGAUAAUUCAGAAAAGUGGAUGCAGUAUUUUGAUACUGCUUGCACGACGUUCGGUAUACUCGGCAGUACCCUUGUUCCGUCACAGUCACUACCUGUGGCACCAAUGCCUUUGGACACUGGCUUACUAGACACACUUCGGAGAUCCGAGCAACAGACAUGGGUCGGUUGUCCGGCAGACCUCCUCUCCUUACUGUGCGUCAUGAAUACGCUACGUACUGUAUCAGAUCAUUCCAGCCACGCGGACGAAACCGUCACUUCAAUUCUCGAUGGCUUGAACAAUUUCUCGCCGCGAUCCUGGGCGCAUGACUUUCCAGGUCCUCAGCAUCAUGAGUCAAGACAUCAUCUCGCCCACGCAUACAAAGCAGCGGUCAGCAUCUACGCCUAUCACGCCAUCAGGGAAACACUUGGCCAACCACCAUUACAUGAGUUGGAUAUUUCUAGAAUCUCAAAUCUUGGCAUAUUACACAUGUCUCAGAUACCAGUAAGCGACUUCCAUAUCAAAAGCCUGGUAUGGCCUGCUUUUGUUCUGGGCGCUGAAGCUCAAGAUUUGCGUACGAGGGAAGAAGUCAAGAACAUUAUGCACAAUAUCUGGGUAUCCUCAUGCUGCUACAAUGUCAAGACUGCUACAGGAAUGCUUGGGAGAAUUUGGGAGCAGGGACACGAUGAUGGUAAGGGUAAAUACAGUUGGUUGAGAUUUAUCUGGGAGCAAGACGAAAGCUGGUUGUUUCUUUGA